AUGACUGAAUUAUUUUGUUUCAAAGGGGCGCGCACCCAGCGCCUGCUCGCCGCGGCCGCGCUGCCGGACGUGCAGGAACCGCCGGCUCUGGAGGCGUCCAAGGAGGCGAACUCAACCAUCGAGGAGCUGCCUGCAUGGUGCGAGGAGGAGGGCCUCCUGCAUGGCAUCUACUCCUUCACGCACCUGCCGGCCCCAUCCAGCCAGGAUCCGAGGACCGCAAAGGCUCUCUCCGACGUCCUGCGGCGCUUCCUCGCUCACCAUGCGGCCCACCCCAGCUUGUGCACGCCCGAGCUGUUGGCUGGCCUCCCAAAGCUGUCAGUGGCGGCCGAGCUGCUGGCCAGCGACCUCGCGUCCUUCCAGCCAGACUACGGCUGCCUCCUGCUGGCACUGCCGCCAGCGCCCACGUGCACGCCCGCCGCCGCAGCUUGCGGCGGCAACGCGCCGCUGCUGCCGGGGCCGGUGGUCGGGGUCGGGGAGCUGCACCUGCACUUGGUGUGCUUGGACGGCUGGCGUUUUGAAGUGCACAGCGCGCUCUGGCAAGAAUGCAAGGAGCAGCGGUGGCCGGUGACGGCGGCGGAGAGGCUCAGCCGGAGGUCCAUGCGCGAGGCGGCACCACAGACGGGGCUCAAGGCCCUGCUGACCCUCAACGGGGCCCAGGACCCCCAGCUGCUCCACCACCAGGCCCUGGCGCACCUCCACGCCUGGCUCGCCGCCCGCCAGGCCGAGCUGCUGCGCCCAGACACUGCAGUGCCCGCCACGGUCAACGCGGUCAUGACCAUGAUCUCUGCGGCAACAGGAGCCGCCGAGCAGCUGGCAGACGACAGCCGCUCCAUCGCGCCGAUCGAGGCGGCGCUGGAAGGCGCGAGGGCGGCGCUUGAGCGCGCCGUGCAGGGCCGAGCUCUGCGGGAGGCGGAGCAGUUUGAUCUGCCGCCCGCCGGCCGCUGGCCAGCGCACGUGGAGCUGCCGCACGGCGUGCUCCCGCCGCCGGCUGAGGCCAGGAGCGACGCGUCCGGCCUCGCUGCGGCGCGCGCGCGCGCGGCGCGCGCCCUGGGGUCGCAGCCGCUGCUGCGAGAGGGGUGCACCUUUGUCCAGGCCCUGGUGGUUGUCAAAUACAGCAGCCUCUGGGCGUCGAACGACGAGGACGGCGCCGUUUCCGACGCGGCGCUGCAGCACCGCAUGCGCCUGGUAGAGCGGCAUGUGUUCCCGCGCAUGGUGGCGCUGCAGACCGGCGGCGGCGGCGCUGCCGAUGGGCUGGGCGGCGUGCCUGAGGCGUUGGCGCUGUCUGAGCUGGCGGAUGCUUACUGGCAAGACCUGCACGCCCUCUUGGGGCGGCCGGCCGCGGUCGCGGCUUCCAUGCGGGUUGAAAUCCAGAGCCGCGGCGUGCUGAUGGACGCGGCCCUGGCGGCGGCCGGCUACCUCUCGCAGCGGGAGCGGCGGGGGCGCGAGGCGUUCUGCCUGCGCAGCGGCUGUGAUGCGACCUUCGAGCUGGCGGAGGAGUUUGGGCUGGGCUGCCAGGAGCUGCUCAGCAAGUACGCUGCCCACCAGGCAGCAGCCGAGGCCCGCGUCAGCGCCCACUGGUCCAAGGUGCAGGGCAAGCAGAGGCGGGCCGCCCAGCUGCGCGUCAAGCUGGCGCGCCUCGAGCAGGAGCUGCAGGUGCUGUCAUCACAGCUGGCUGACGCCACUGCAAGCCGCGACGCUCACUUAUACGGCACCUGGGAGUACAAGAGCGCAGGGGUCAGCGUCGAGAGCGCUGACCGCCGGGUCCGCAGCAAGCGUAGCGAGGUCAAGGCCACUGAAAAUGCGCUGACGGAGGAGCUCAAGCCUCCGCGUUCUGUCGUGCAGCCGCUGCCGCGCAACCCUAAGAAGGCGCUGCGGUGGCUGUUUUGGCUGCACAUGGGGGAAGCCGCGCCGCGGCUGCGCUGCCUUGCUCGCGCGGCUUUUGCGGCGCAGCAGCUGCUGGUGUGGCCCUGCGGCGCCGACACCAAGGAAGCCCUUAAGGUGCCGGACUACCCCUUGUCGCUGACGAAGCACUACAACACUCACCAGACCAAUGCCUACGGCGACACAACCUUUGAUUUCCCUGGCACUGAUGGCGACGUUCUGCUGGUGUCCCGCAGCGAAGUCCCAGACCGAUCAACCAUCAGGCCGUCCACCAUUGAUCACAUGCACUCCCGCGAGGAUGGCAUUUGGUACCCAGACUCACUGGCGCCUGAAAUGGCUUGGAACGGCAUCCCAGAGGUAUCCAAGAGCAACAGCGGCUUUGCGGUGCCGUUCAACCCCUUUGCGCCUCUCAAGGACGGACGCGCGCUGGUGCUGGCCUACACAGAGCAGCUUCUGCCAGGCGACCAUCAGCUGCAGCGCUACAUGGACUGCACAGCAUUUCACGCCAUCCCCCAUGAGCGCGGAAACGUGGCCAUCGCGGCGCCAGCUGCACCGCCUGGCGGCCGCCUGUACGAGCGCGAGCUUCCGCUUGGCGCCCCCGUGGUGCGGACGCUGGUGCGACAGGCGGUGUACCACCUGGGGGAGCUUCAGGGCGCCGGGGCGGGACGGCCAGCUGCCCGGGUGUGGCGCGACGGCUGGGAGGGGGACACCCUUCCUGCGCUGUUCGAGGAGCUGUCAUCCCUGGCGGACCACCUGUCAGACACGCCCAGGGAGCAAGAGGCCGUCGCACUGCUGGGAGAGCUGGCGGCCCACCUGUCGGAGCACAUCCCGAGGUUCCGCGCGCUCGCGCGCCAGUUCGCGCGCAUGACGGCCGCCGUCGCCAACGAGCUGGACUCCCAACUGGAGGCUCUGCGGGGCGCCGCCGGGGCCUCAACGGCAGCCGCCGGUGCCGGCGUCGCGGGGGCGGCGGGCGGCGCAUCGAGCGGCAGUGGCGCAGGGGCCGAGGCGGCGGUGGCCGCGAUUGUGAAGAAGCAGCUGCUGUGGCGGGCGAUGGCGAUCAGGUGCCACGCCAUGGGGGAGCUGACGGGCGAGGACGCGGCUGAGAUGGUUGAGCUCAUGGUCUUGAUCAACCACGGGUUCGUGUUCCAAGAUGACCCCGCAGUCCGCGAGCAGCUCAGCUCCGCCGUCGCCGGCGCUCGACAGGCCGCCGCCGCGCGCGCCCCCGGGCUCGCCGCCGCCGCGCGCCGCGCGCAGUCGCGCGUGCUGACGGCGGCGGUGCGGCGCGUGCUGGCGCGCGUACCGGACGGCCUGGACUGGCGGCAGCACGCGAGUCUGGCGGGGCUGACGAGCUUCGAGGCGGAGGGCAGGGACGAGCAGGGGGCGGAGCACCUGUACUCAAUCAACAUCGUGACGGGCGUCGUCCUGUUCGACGGUGCUCCCCCCAACCGCCUGCCCGCUGACAUCACCGGACACCCCCUGUACCGCCGCACGUUUGGGGACACAAACUUUGAGGUCUUCAGGACCAACCAGGGUCUCCUCCAGACCGCCCGCCCCGCCGGCGGCCGCUUCUACGACUUCCUCAUGGGCUCCUCCGGCCGCCUGGUCGUCACAGAGCGCCACCAGGGCCGCGCACUGGAGCUCCUCGACGCGGGGCAGGACCACGCCUGCGCCGGCUGGGGCGAGGCGCUACCGCAGCGCCUGCGGAAGCUGCACUCGCACUGGCUGUGGCGCGGCGGUCGCGGCGGCGAUGAUGACGUCAUCGAGAUUCGCCCGCUCAGCUUCCUGCAGCGCGACGUCCACUUCGUCGUCCGCUGCACCACCGCCUCCGCCGACGCCGCCGGCUCCGGCACGGACGGCGGCGCGGGGCAGCGGCGCGCGUACGACUGCCGCCGCGUGCCGCCCCACCUGCGGGCGCGCCCCUGGCACGAGCUGCUGGCGCCCCCAGCCGUUCGCGCCGGCGGCGACGGUGACACGGCUUCUGAGCAGCUGCCAGACCAGCUGGUGCUGACCGCCGACGACGCCGUGCUGCGCGUGCUGUCAAAGUAUGAAGACCCCCGCUUCAUCCACGUCCACCGCCCCGCGGGCCCUGCGGCUCAGGGCAUAGCAGGCUACCUGCUGCGCUACGAGCUCCCUCGCUUUGCCCUCGAGUUUGAGCUUUGCGGGCCCGACGGCGCGCUCCGGUCGCUGCAGCGCCGCGGGUACGUCCUCGCCGCGCGACAGCAGCUGGCGGACGCGGUCGCAGCGCCCGGCGACGGCGUCACCGGCGUGGUCGAUUACACGCUCCCGGGGUUCAGCCGGUACCUCGUCCUGGAAAACGGCGGCGGUGGCAGCGGCGCGGAGCGGUUGGUGGAGGUGCCGGCCGGCAAGGUGGCGCUCCUCGAGGGCGGGGGCGCCACCGUUGAGGUGGACGGCUCCAGCGGCGCGGGGCUCAGGAGCUACGCCUACAGCGUCCACCACCGCCUCGGCGACCUGCGCGCCAGCAGCAUCCCGGCCCGGCUGCAGCUGGCGGCGCUGUACGCGGCCACAUCCACGCUGCUACCGGAGCCCGGCAGUCAGAUGACUGGGGCGCAGGUCGCGCUGCAGCUCGUACGCUGGAGCUGGCGCGACACCGCGCUGUCCCAAGAAGAGCUCCUCCACCUGCGCAGCGCCGCAGCCUUCGCCGGCCACCUGCUGCCCGCGCUGCCCCUCGCCUGCCACGAGCUCGAGGCGUCGGCGGCGCAGCUGUCAUUCCUUGGCGCCGCGGUGCAUGCGCACCCAGCAGGCGCGGGCGAGGCGGCUGAGCAGCAGCACGCGCUGGCGCCGAAGCAGCCCCAUACCGACGCCGCGACUCAGUACUUGAUAGAGUUGUCGGCGGGCGGCUGGUGGGGCGGCGCGAACCCGCGGGCGCUGCUGACGCCCGGCGAGGCGGCGCGCUUGCUGGGGGCGCGCGCCGCGCCGCAGGCGCCGCCCUCGGAGCUCUGGCCGCUGCGGCUGGGGCAGGCGCGCGUGGUCGACGUGCCAGAGUGUCCUGUACCGCUCGACGCAGUCGAGGCAUAUGAACAGGCGCUGCUUGGCCUGGUGCUGGUGCCUGCAGGUGGUUCUGCUGCAGCAGCUUCCGGGAAGCCGUACCCGUUAACGGAUCCCGGCUCGGCGGCGCCGGACCGCCCACAGUGGCCAUUUGGAGGGCGGCAGCAGCCGCCGCCGGCGGGGCGCGGCGGCGGCGCGGCGCGGCCCCUGGAGGCUGAGAUGAGGUCUGAGCUGCGCGCAAGCUGGGACGAGCACCGCGGGCUCGUGGUGCCUGAGGAGGUCUCGGCCGGCUGCAGGGAGCGCGUGCGCGUGCUGCAGGCGCGUGGGGGAGAGGUGCAGGCAAAGCGCUGUGAGGUGGAGCACUACCUCCUGGCAUCCAUUGACCAUGUGCCGGCCGGUCAAACGCGCCACGCCGGCGCGCUGUUCAGGUGCACGCGCCUGGCGGGCGCCGCGCCGCAUGCGAGCGCGGCCGACCUGAUGCGCUUCGCGCUGGACCCGCCGCUGCUGUCGCGGUUCAACCCCUUCCUGUCUGACGCGUCGCGCGAGCGCCUGCUGGCCGCGUGCCGCCUGUGGCUGCAGCUCUGCGUGCUUGAGGACCGCCUUGGGCGCCUGGUGGAGCUGGCGGCCAGUGAUGACGACGGCCCCCUCGCGCUGGAGCUGCUGGUCAGCCGCGUGUGGGACCCUGCGGCCCACCCCGAGUGGCUCGUGUUUGAGGCUGAGGGUGGACUCCAGGCGCGUGCCGCCGCCGCAGCCGUCGCUGCUGCUGCUGCGUCUACUCCCCUUGCGGAUACCGCUGCUGCCGCUGGCGCCGCCGCCGCUGCAGGCGGCGACCCCGGGGCCAUUGUGCAGCUCAACAUGGGGGAGGGCAAGACGCGCGUCAUACUCCCCAUGCUGGCACUCCACCUAGCUCAGCGGGGCGGCGGCCGCAUUGUGCGCCUCAACCUGCUGUCGCAGCUCCUGCCGGAGGCCUUUGAUCACCUGCACCUCUACCUCACCGCCAGCGCGCUGGGCCGCAAGCUGGCGGUGCUGCCGUUCAACCGGGACGUGCAGCUCACCGAGCUGCAGGCACGCACCAUCGCGGCAUGCGUGGCACACAUGCGGCAGGAGGGCGGCCUGCUGCUGGUGGCCCCCGAGUGGCGGCUCUCCCUCCUGCUCAAGCAGCGCGAGCUGUGGCACAGGGCAAGGGACAGCCACGACGAGGCGGCGGCGGCGACAGAGGAGGUGCUGGAAGCUGUGGGGCAGCUUCCCUAUGUCGACCUGCUGGAUGAGAGCGACGAGCUGCUGCGCCACAAGUGGCAGCUGAUCUACGCGUGGGGAAGCCCCCAGGACCUGCCCUCACGCUCAGAGCGCGUCUCCGCCGUCCUGGCCCUACUGCAGCUCGUGUCCAGCGACCUCGCACCCUCCGCCAACGGCACCCUGCCGCCAGGCUCCGCCGUGCUCGAGCCGGUCGCGGCCGAGAACGGCCGGAAGCCGCCGGGAAGCUACUCGGGGCUGAGGCUGAUCUCCGGCGGCGAGCUGGCGGGGGCGCUGCCUGGAGUGUGCAGGGCGCUGGCAGAGGCGCUGCUGGCGCGCCCGCCAUACGAGCUUCGGUGGCUGCGGGGCGUCGCAGGCAGCCUCAAGGCAAGCGCACAGCAGCUGCGCGUUGCAAGUGCCGUGCUGUCAGCCGUCACCGACGCCUCCGCGCCGAUCGAGCAGCAGCUUGGCCGGGGCCACCUGGCGCGCCUGGAGCCCUACCAGCUGGCGCACCUGCUGGCGCUGCGGGGCAUGCUGGCGGGGGAGUACGGCGUCCUGGCGCACGCGCUGCAGCGGCGGCACCUCGUCGAUUACGGCGUCAACAGGCUUCCCUCGGCGCGCAAGCGGCUGGCGGUGCCGUUCCGCGCCGCCCAGACGCCCUCUGAGCGCGCCGAGUUUGCGCACCCGGACGUGGCCCUGCUGCUGACCGCGCUGUCCUACUUCCGGGAUGGCCUGACCAAGGCAGAGCUGAAGGAGGCGCUGGUGGUGCUGACCAGCCUGGGGCCGAGCGCCCAGGGCGAGGUGUACAGGGAGUGGCUAGACCUGUCAAAGCCCGACAUCACUGAGGAGGAGCUGGCUGAAAUCGACUCAGAGCUGAAGAUUGACGUCAACUACGAGGUCCAGGCAAGCUGCCAGGAUUUUGUCAUUGCUAAUAACCAUUGA